CAGCCCUGGACCAUUUGUCAGGACUACUCGUGAGACGGAGAAAAAAAAAAGAGAAAAUUUGGGGACCUCCGGAAGAAGUCUUGAGGGUGGACGACAGUCUUAAAGACCAUCAGACAGUUAUUUCUUCACUGCAACUAGGUUAAAAAAAAAUCAUGACUGAAUCUGCCUCUAGCACAAGUGGUCAAGAGUUUGAUGUAUUCAGUGUUAUGGAUUGGAAGGAUGGAGUAGGUACAUUACCAGGAAGUGAUUUAAAGUUCCGUGUAAAUGAGUUUGGCGCCUUGGAAGUUAUUACAGAUGAGAGUGAGAUGGAAAAUGUUAAAAAAGCAACGGCUACCACAACUUGGAUGGUACCAACUGCUCAAGAAGCCCCGACCUCUCCCCUGAGCUCCAGGCCCGUAUUUCCACCUGCCUACUGGACAUCUCCACCUGGAUGUCCCACAGUCUUUUCCGAGAAGACUGGGAUGCCUUUCAGGUUGAAGGAUCCAGUGAAAGUAGAAGGGCUUCAAUUCUGUGAGAACUGUUGUCAGUAUGGCAACGUAGAUGAGUGUCUUUCUGGAGGAAACUAUUGCAGCCAGAAUUGUGCUCGGCAUAUCAAAGACAAAGAUCAGAAGGAAGAAAGGGACGUGGGAGAAGACAAUGAGGAGGAAGAUCCUAAGUGUAGUCGGAAGAAGAAGCCCAAGUUAUCUCUGAAAGCGGACUCCAAAGAGGAGGAAGAGCGAGAUGAGGAGACGGAAAACAAACAAGAUGGAAGAAUCCUGAGGGGUUCGCAGAGAGCCCGAAGGAAAAGGCGAGGUGAUUCGGCUGUAUUAAAGCAGGGUUUGCCUCCUAAAGGAAAGAAAGCUUGGUGCUGGGCAUCCUACCUGGAAGAGGAAAAAGCUGUGGCAGUGCCAGCAAAGCUGUUCAAGGAGUAUCAAUCUUUUCCAUAUAACAAAAAUGGGUUUAAAGUUGGCAUGAAAUUAGAAGGUGUGGACCCUGAGCAUCAGUCCGUGUACUGCGUCCUCACUGUGGCUGAGGUUUGUGGGUACCGGAUAAAGCUGCACUUUGAUGGAUAUUCUGAUUGUUACGACUUCUGGGUAAAUGCAGAUGCUCUGGAUAUUCACCCAGUUGGGUGGUGUGAGAAGACUGGCCACAAGCUCCAUCCUCCAAAAGGGUAUAAAGAAGAAGAAUUUAAUUGGCAGGCUUAUCUCAAGACAUGCAAAGCUCAGGCUGCUCCCAAGUCAUUAUUUGAAAAUCAGAAUAUAACAGUGAUCCCAUCAGGCUUUCGAGUUGGAAUGAAGCUUGAAGCUGUAGACAAAAAGAACCCUGCAUUCAUCUGUGUUGCUACGGUAACAGAUAUGGUGGACAAUCGUUUCCUCGUACAUUUUGACAACUGGGAUGAGAGCUAUGACUAUUGGUGUGAAGCCUCUAGCCCACACAUUCAUCCAGUUGGUUGGUGUAAAGAACAUCGAAGAACCCUUAUUACUCCUCCAGGUUAUCCAAAUGUGAAACAUUUUUCUUGGGAUAAGUACUUAGAAGAAACCAAUUCUUUACCUGCUCCUGCAAGAGCUUUCAAAGUGAAACCUCCACAUGGAUUCCAGAAAAAAAUGAAGCUUGAGGUCAUAGACAAAAGAAAUCCCAUGUUUAUUAGAGUAGCAACAGUUGCAGACAUGGAUGAUCACCGAAUAAAAGUUCACUUUGAUGGCUGGAAUAGUUGCUAUGAUUACUGGAUAGAUGCAGAUUCUCCUGAUAUUCACCCCGUCGGUUGGUGUUCAAAAACCGGGCAUCCUCUUCAGCCUCCUUUGAGCCCCUUAGAAUUAAUGGAAGCCUCGGAACACGGUGGAUGCUCAACCCCAGGAUGUAAAGGGAUUGGCCAUUUUAAGAGAGCAAGACACCUGGGCCCUCACAGUGCUGCCACCUGUCCCUAUUCAGAAAUCAAUUUGAAUAAAGACCGAAUUUUCCCAGACCGCUUAAGUGGUGAGAUGCCUGCGGCUAGUCCAUCAUUUCCAAGAAGUAAAAGGGCAGACACAAAUGAAAUCUCUUCAUCUCCUGAAACCAGAGACCAGCAUGCUGAUGAUGUCAAAGAAGACUUUGAAGAGAGAACAGUGAGUGAAAUGAGGACAUCACAUGAAGCCACAGGUGCCCGGGAAGAACCCAGCGUACAGCAGGCACAGCGGCGGUCGGCGGUCUUUCUGUCCUUUAAGUCCCCGAUUCCAUGUCUGCCCUUGCGCUGGGAGCAGCAGAGCAAACUUCUCCCAACUGUAGCCGGCAUCCCUGCCAGUAAAGUUUCCAAAUGGAGCACAGAUGAGGUGUCAGAGUUCAUACAGAGCUUACCUGGAUGUGAAGAACAUGGAAAGGUAUUUAAAGACGAACAAAUUGAUGGAGAAGCAUUUCUGCUUAUGACCCAAACAGACAUUGUGAAAAUUAUGAGCAUUAAGUUGGGCCCUGCCCUCAAAAUUUUCAAUUCGAUCCUGAUGUUCAAAGCCGCAGAGAAGAACUCCCACAAUGAACUUUGAAGAUGGUGAAUUUUGAGCACCAUCAGCUUUCUGCUUUAAAGCUCAUGUUUUACUCAAAGCACAAAGACAGCAGUAACUCCUAAGCGAGAAGUCUCCAAAACUCUAAAGAGCAAUGCUGUCAGAUUAUUUAUCUUCCUUAAGAGACAAUAUAUACAAAUUCUUACGAAAGUGCUUGAGCUUUUAACCAGGUACUGUCUAACAACAGUACAACAGUCGUCUUUCGGUUCUGUUCACUGAGCUAAAUUUAUCUUUGUAAAUCUUUUUGAGGCUGGGG